GAUACGGUGAAUGUUACUGCGCAAGCGGAGGCAUACCGCGCAUAUAUCACUGCACCGGCUGUGCCAACAAAGUCAAGCGGGACAGAUGUUCAAGAAAGGGUAGACGAAGAAUUAAUAGAAGCUUCUAAAGAGAAAAAGCGAAAAGACGAGGAUGACUCUAGAUCACGUUAUGAAUCAUCGUACUCGCCAUCCCCAUCUGAAGUGGAAGAAUUACCUUCACUGGCAACUGAUUCAGUUUUUAAUGAUGACAACUAUGAAAGGGAUGUUCCUCAAUUAUCUGAUGACUAUAGUGAAGAAAACGAAAAGCCAAUAAUAGAAGAUUUAUCUGAUGACUAUAGUGAAGAAAACGAAAAGCCAAUAAUAGAAGAUUUAUCUGAUGACUAUAGUGAAGAAAACGAAAAGCCAAUAAUAGAAGAUUUAUCUGAUGACUAUA